GAAGAACACAACCCUUUUUCAGGCUAUAAGAAGGGUGGGUAUUCACAUGAGAUCCUCUAUACUAGUUCAUCGAUCCUCUCCUACAUCCUCGAACGCUCCCUUUGCCCCGUUCCAUUGUCGUUGAUAAAAUAUUCGUCAAUCUUAAGCUCACAAUUCCCCUUUCCGUCCCCGAAAUGACAAGAGCAAUACUGGUCAUCGGUGCCACAGGGAAGCAAGGUGGUAGCGUGAUUAGAACGCUACAAGAGACUGAUUUCAAGAUCGUGGCCUUGACACGAGACACCGCGUCGCCCUCCGCUCAAAAGCUCUCCAACUCGUCACGGAACGUCAAGCUACUCCAAGGCGACCUAAGCAACGCGCCUGCUAUCUUCGAGGGCGCCAAAAGAGUCGCCAAGAAUACCGUCUGGGGGGUAUAUGGCAUGCACCCUGCUGGUGCAGGCAAAUCUGUUGAGAAGAAGCAAGGAAACGCGCUGAUUGACGCUGCAAUCACCGCCGACGUACGAUUCUUCGUCUACAGCUCGAUCGACCGCGGGGGCGAAAGAUCUUCCUCCAAUCCUACGUCCAUUCGGAACUGGGCCUCCAAAUACCACAUCGAGAAGCACCUCGAACAGGUGGCCGCAGGUACAGGAAUGAGGUUCUGCGUACUCCGACCGACAGGCUUCAUGGAGGAACUUACGCCUGACUUCGGGGGCAAGGCUAUGGCAAAGAUGUGGGACGUUGCCCUUAAGGACAAGUCGCUUCAGCUUGUUGCUACGAAAGAUAUUGGUUGGUUUGCUGCUCAAGCGUUCAAGCACCCGGAUGAGUUCGCUGGACGGUACAUCUCAUUGGCCGGAGAUGAACUCACGUUCCGCCAGGCAAACGAGAUCUUCAAGGCGAAGUUUGGAAAGGACAUGCCGGGCACAUUUGGGCUCGUGGCCCGAGGCUUAUUGCACGCGAUGAAGGACAUCGGGGCUAUAUUCAAAUGGUUCAAAGACGAGGGAAAUGCGGUGGACAUCGAGGAAUUGGGGAGGAUGAAUCCCGAACUGAUGGAUUUUGGUGCGUGGCUGGAGAGAGAGAGAGCUUUUCGAUCUAAAUAGUGGUUCGCGACUGGCGGGAUGUCUCUGGAGAAGUGGGGAGGACGUGGGAUGUUGGUCAAUUUUACAACCACCGAAUCUGGCGGCUAACGAUGGAAGCCUCCCGUAAAUCGCAACGCAAUUGCAGUAGCUAAUUGGGUAAUUUCUUGAAAACUUC